AUGAGUAACUUCAGAUUUCCAAUUAAGACGAAACUUCCAUCCACAUACUUGAACGCAAGAGUGAUUCGUGACAACUUCAAGAGACAACAGGUUGCAGCCAACGAAGUUACGAUGAAGGCAUUGAAAUUCAUUGCUAGAAACACUACACUACCACCAAGGACGAGAAUGGAAGCGCAAUUGCAACUUUCUGUGAUGCCAAACUACACAAGAAUGACCCAAAUCAGGAACAGAUGUGUUGAGACGGGCCAUGCAAGAUCUGUUCUCAGCGACUUCAGACUAUGUAGAACACAGUUCAGAGAGUUGGCAAGAAAGGGAGAUCUACCUGGUGUCAAGAAGGGUGUAUGGUAA